GAAAUCGCUUACGCACCUGAGGGCUUGAAGCCACAAUCAAGUGACGUUGCGCAAACCGUGAACGAAACCCAGCCGGCCACAAAUGAUGGCGCAAUUGCCGCUGGGCAACUCGAUGCGCCAGCUAGUGGGGACAAUUUAGAGGACGAGACCGACAAGCAGCAGACUGUAGAGCAGAAUACUGGGGAGGAAGACGUUGCCGGUUCGGUUGGAGUUGUGACUGAGGAAACUGUUGCGGCUGACAGCGAUGUGGCGGCCAGUGAACUAGUGCAGCAGCAGAUUGAGAAUGAAGAACUUUCGCAUGGCAUAAUAAAUGAAGCCGAACAAGUGACAAAUGGGGCGCAGGCUGAUCAAAUAGAGGUGCAGGAGGCGCCACAGCAAUUGGGUGCCGCCGAGCAAAUAGUUGCGCAAACUGAGCCAGCUCAGCCAAUCAACAGCGAGCACGUAGAAGACCAAGUGGUCGAAGAGGCGGUAGUCGAAGAAACGAUUGCAACAACAGCAGUGCCGUUAAUCCAAGAGACUGAAUCUGAGACUGAGACUGAUGGUAUACACGAAAAUGGUCCCGUAGUGCAGGCGGAGCCUGACAUUGCAGAUGUGAACGAAAACGACAAUCAAAUUGCAGAAAGUGAAGCUCAUACGGAGCGUUUCGUUUUGAGUGGUGAAGAUUUGGGAAGUAAGCCUGUCGGAGACAAUGAAGAGGAUAUGCUUACGGAACAGGAUAACGCAAUUCUACAAGAUGUUGGUAGCGAGAAGGAGUCACCAGUGCAGGAGACUCCGUUAAAUUUGGACAGUGAAAAUGAACAGAUAAGUGGCGUUGAAGAUGGUGGAUCGACUGUUCAGACAAACCCGGUGGAGGAUACAAUACCUGGCAUUGCAGUGUCGGAAAGCACCAUUGACGAGAGCAAGCCUAUAGAAGAUCCAAAUCAGUUCGAAGAAGCCAACAAUAUCGUCGAAACCGAUUUGCUGGAGCCAGAUAGUCAAACUGAACACACUAACCACGUUGAACAAACCGAUCCAGUUGAAGCCGACAAUUCUAUUGAUUCAAAUGAAGAAGCUGCAAACCUUUCGGAGACUUCAGUGGAACUUUCGCUUGACGAAAAUGUAAAUAAAGAUGCUACCGCCUCCUUAUCAGAUACGGACUAUCCCAAUUUCGACAGCUUCGAAAUGCUUAACAGCGCACAGCAAAAGCCGCAAGAGAACACCAAUGAACAGCACCACAUCGUCGAGCAUACGGAUAUUGACAACGAAUCAUUUGAGGAAAAUGAAUCAAUCGCCGACAUACUGAGUGAUUUGAUGUCUGAGGACGUGACUACAAUCACACCAUUGGAGUCUGUCACAGAAGUGGAAGGUGUUCGUUCGAAAGAAGACGUUAACACACAAGGAGUAGAAAGUAUUAUCACACAGCCAGCGCAAGCAGCGGAACAUGUGCCAGAUUUGGUUGCAGCGGAUACGAAUGUGGCCGAGGAGAAACUAGCCGAACAGACACCAAACGCGGAAACAACGGAAGCACAAAAAGAAAAUGGUGGCAAUGACAAGCUGAUAACAUUCUAUCCAGAAGUCGAGGACUUGAGUGAGCAUGCACACAAUCACAUUGAAGCACAGAAUGAAGCCGAAGCAGAGCAAACCACGCGCUUGCCAGUGGUAUCAGCUGAUAUCAGCACUCAAGGAAAUGAGGAAUUUGAAGUAACGGAUCACACUUUAUCGCCCGAAGAGUUGCCUUUCGAUUUAACGUCGCUUGACGAUAUACAACCACAAGAAUUGGAAUCGGAUAGUUUGGUGCUGGAGAGCACCACAGUACCAGCCGCGGCGCAGGCAGAAGAUGAAGAGGAAGCUUCUGGCGCCGGAGCGCCGGAUGUCACACGUAAUGAGGAGGCCACAGCAACGCCUGAUGAUAUUACGGAAAUCACUACGCAGACUAUGUUGGGCUUGGCAAGUCGAGUGACGCUGAUGGAACCGGCAGCGCCUAUAGCUACCACACUUAAGCCACUGAUGACAGAGACAACGCCAGAAAGCGAGGCCACACCAGAACCCGUAAAGGAGUUGCCUGGUACAGAAAAUGUGCUGACAGCCAAACCAAUCACAGAAAUACGUAAACGUGUCGAAUUGGGCACGGAGGCAGUUUCACUUGGACUUGCGUGCAUGAACGACCGACAAUGUCAGUUGGCCGAUCCAAAUGCAGUUUGCAAUGCUCGUGGUGUUUGCGAUUGCAACUUGGCUGAGCCGGCAGCGGCAGCGGAAGUGCAAUGUAGCGCACAGCGAACGGGUUGCGCACCCGGAACUUUCCAGUGUCGUUCGUCGGGCGUUUGUAUAUCGUGGUUCUUUGUGUGCGACGGCCGACCGGACUGCAACGAUGACUCAGACGAAGAGUGCACGUUCAAUGCCCGCUUGAAUCAAACCUGCCCAGUAGAAGCUUUUCAAUGUGAGCGCAGCGGUCGCUGCAUUUCACGUGCCGCACGUUGUGAUGGACGCAAACAGUGCCCGCAUGGUGAGGAUGAGUUGGGUUGUAACGCACUGAGGGCGGGCGAAUGUCCGCCACACACUUUCCGUUGCAAGAGUGGCGAAUGCCUGCCCGAAUAUGAAUACUGCAAUGCGAUCAUUUCUUGCCGCGAUGGCAGCGAUGAGCCACCACAUUUGUGCGGGUCACGUUCGAUGCCUACUUUCUUCCUGCGUCUGCUGAAUGCCGGUGGCCUGCUGGAGAACGAGGACGCCUAUUGCCCUCAUCGUUGCAGCAAUGGCCGCUGCCGCUCGACGGCGAUUGUUUGUUCGGGCAGAGAUGGCUGCGGUGAUGGAACCGAUGAGCAGACAUGCUCCGUUUGUAGAUGUCCUGCACCCAAUAGCAACAGUUUGUCUAAUUACCUUACCAGACAUCGUCCAAUGCCUUUAUGGUAGAGCCAUGCAUACGAAAUUGAAGAAUAACAACGAUGAACAUAGUCCCGAAAUGAGGGAUUAAUUUUGGAAAUCCUUACGCAAAGGGGAAGACGAGUUUUUGGCGGCGUUUUUUCGCAAGUGUGGUCGAAAAUUUGUAGCUCUGUGCCUAUUUCAGGCGCGCCGCAUUAACAUACUGCCGGAUAACGACAACGAUUUUGAUUUUCCAUGCGCCUAAAAUUAGUUCUUAAGCUUAUUUAUUCUAUUCAUAAAUCUAUGUAUGUCUAAUCAUUACGUUUAAUUACUUCGAAGCAAUUGCCGCCUUGCUGGCGAGGAGGAUGCAAACAAAAAUAAAUAAAAUCAGCAGCUAGUAAAUGAAUAAAUACACAUAGCAAUACUAGGGAGUCCUUAGUACUCCUCAUAGAAGCACGAAUACUUCUUCGACUCAGUGAUGUUUGGCAAUUGCAUCUGUGCUCUAAUACAUUAAUUGAAACUAUUUAUUAUUACUCAUUUUCACUUUCAUUUUUUCAUUGCCACUUUAAUUUAAAAGUAUAUACUUUUAGAAAUAAGCUACUGCAUUUUAAGUUUAAAUUCAAAAAUAAAAAAACUCGUAAAUAAUUAUUAAACAUAUCAAGUAAAUAGUCGAAAACCUAAACAAAAUAACCAUCAUUUGAAUUGCCACUUUUAAAAAUUUCCAAACCUUUAAAAGCACCCCUAAUUUGGUGAAAAAAUAACUUGUUGAUAAUUUAAAUAAAUACUUGGAAAUACUAA